GAUCGUUCGGUCGACCGAUAUCGCGAUCGCGACAGAUAUGAUCGUCAUGAGCGCUACGACCGCGACGACGGUGCGAGAAAGCGGCGGUCACCCGACUAUGACGUUGAGGACAAGGACAGGAAACGCCGGCGACGCAGCACAGAGAGAGACGAGAGAGGUCAGAAAAAGGAGGACGAGAGACGAUACAGGAGGGGAAACGAGGGUGAGGAUGGCGACAAGAAACGGAAACGCGAUAAAUCACCAUCAGAACGGAAGUCCAAAUCUUUAAAACAUCGAGACGCGGAUGACGAUGCGGCACGAAAGCGUGCAGAGGAACUCAGCGCAUACGGCUCGAUGGACAAUCCCUUCAACGACGUGAACCUGGGCGAGAAGUUCAAGUGGAUCAAGAAGGCUGAAAAGGAAAAGAAGAUGGGAAUAAGUGCAAGUGAAGCUGCUCAUCGGGACGCCGUGAGACGACAGGAAGCACAGGAGGAGUUGGAGAGGUUGAACAAGCGACGAGCAGAGCGAGAGGCAGAGCAGCGGUUGAGGGAGGAAGAGGAAGUCCGCAUGCAGCGGCUUACGGAGAGCGCGCAGAUGGAGGAGUGGAUUGCGAAAGAAGGAGAUUUUCAGCUGGAGCAGGAGAGGAAACGUGCGGGUAUUCGAUUGAAGGAGAAGCGAGCAAAGGCCAUCGACUUCCUGGCACUUAACUUGAGAUACGGUGGAGGUGACCAGGGUGAAGACGACGAAUUCGACUUGGAUGAAGCUGGAGUCGAGAUCGAUUUCGACGAGCCAUACAAAAUAUUUGAAAACUUGACGUUUGAGCAAACGGAAGAACUGCACGACGAUAUACUCAAAUAUCUCAGCCUUGAGAAGAAUGACUUGAAUAUUGAAUAUUGGACUAAUCUGGUGGUAAUCUGCAAAGACCAGCUUGGUCGCAUGCAGCGCGGACGGGAUCCGAACCGAGCGGUUGGAAAAAUUGUCGAGUCGGACAUUGCCGCGCUCCUAUCCGGUAAAUCGUACGAGCAAUUGACUCAGCUGCAACGCCAAAUACAGAGCAAGUUGUCGAGCGGCGAACCUAUAGACACGGAUUACUGGGAGGGGUUGUUGGAGAGUUUGUUGGUUUGGAAAGCGAAGGCAAAGCUUCGCGAUAUUCACGCCGUUGUGGUAAAAAACCGUCUUGAAGAACUUCGCAAGCGGCAACGCGACGAAGCUGUACGAGCUCAAAAAGAACUCUUGGCCGAUGUCAAGACGGAGAAGGAAGGAAGGGGUGAUAUGCGGGCGGAAGUUGCUGACGCACGGCACACUGCAAGGGAGGUUGAGGCGGUAGAGGAAGAGGAAGAGAAGCGCGAGCCUUAUGAGAGGGCAAUGAGCCCAAGCUUGAUUGAUCCCAAUCGGUUGAAGUACGAAGACAGGCAGAUUCCUAUUAUGAGUGAAGAAGAAGACAAGCAACGAUUGUUCGCCAAACGCCAUGCUGUGACACAGUCACAAUUUAUUGCUAAAGCACCUCGUCCAGUCGCACCAGCACCUGCGAGAGCGCAAGCCAGCACGGCGGAUAUUGAGUCCGAGGCUCUCUAUCGAGAAGCGGCAUCGAAAGAGCUAGACGAGGAGGAAGAGGAGUUUAACUGGGAGGAAAUUAUCGCCCUACCGAGCACAUACUCCUGGGAGGACAAAUAUCGACCUCGCAAGCCCAGGUUCUUCAACCGCGUACAUACCGGCUACGAGUGGAACAAGUAUAACCAGACACAUUACGACGUUGACAACCCGCCGCCUAAGGUCGUCCAAGGGUACAAGUUCAACAUCUUUUACCCAGACCUAAUCGAGAAGUCCAAAGCGCCGACUUACAAGAUCGUCAAAGACCCCAAGGACGAGGAAACAGUGCUGCUCGUUUUCCAAGCCGGGCCGCCGUACGAGGACAUCGCCUUCCGCAUCGUGAACCGUGAGUGGGAAUACUCGCACAAACGAGGUUUCCGGAGCAGUUUCGACCGAGGAUGUCUCUCGCUCUGGUUCAGCUUCCGGCGGAAUUUCUAUCGGAAGUAGGGCCACAGAACUAACACUACGAGAGAAAUACAAAGAGAACGAAAUGGAGAGCGACACUACUACGUUCAUAUGAGCCAGUCAGGCGAGGCAUUUUUGUAUACCUAUUAUUACAUCCAAGAGAAUCCCAUACAAAAACGCCAUUCUUUUCGACCAAUUCAGAAAGGUUACUGCAAGCCUUGAAGGACGUCCAUAUUCCCGCCGAGGACGUCAUACCCACUUGGGAAAUGCGCAUCAAACACAUUCUCGAUGAGAGUAUCGUUCCAGAACGAAUCCGAGACGUUCGUUGGACCGAGCAUAUCCAUGAUCGUGAACUGGGGCUCGCCGAGCACCUGAGCAGCCCAACGGUAGUCCGGCACAUUGGGUGUGAGAGGGGGGAAGUCCAUUGGUGGUGGGGGAACAUGAUCCGGUGGGAGGAUGGUGCCAUUCGUAACGUGUGUGUGGGGUUGGGGCUGGCUGUGGUUGUCAGGUGUAAUGACCUGCGCCGAUGGAGCAGAACUGUCGUCUCCCGGCGAAGCAGAUGCUGAGGAAUCCGUAUCCACCGGACUGGGCUUGCGCGGGAUAUGGAUCGAUGUACCAUAGAAGGGGAGAUUGAGCGUAUCUCCGUCUACGGCGCCUGGUGGCGGGGGCAGGUUGCGGGCGGCCAUACACCGAGUACGGAGGAUAUCGAGCCCUUUUACACCUUCGAGCGCGACGACGUUUUCGCUGCCCAUGUUAAGCAGCAGGUCGCGUGCCAUCUCGACCCAUUUGUCGAGGUCAUCCGCUUGCGGAUCGGUCGGAUUCUGGAGAAUCGCCGCACAGAGAGUGGCAGCAGGCUCAAACGUUCUGAAAGCAAGCAUAAACCACCUGAGCUGGGCCUUGCUUAUUGUGCUCUGGAGGAGAUGCUGCGCCGAGAGGAGUUUCUUACAAUUGAGGAUACAAGCCGCACGGGAAGUCUUGAAGAACUCGGCUGUGCGCACUGCGUUCGUCUCGUCAUCCAUCUCCAUGUCUUCAUCCGGAGGGUUGCGGAGGAGGAACGGGCGGUGAAGGGCAAUCCGGGUCGACUGCAAGUUCAUCAUCAUCAUUUGACUCUGAUACGCCAAAUACGGGCGUUCCAAAGCAUCCGCCGCGCUCUGGCUUCUGAAGUAGCUCGGCAAAUUACGCUCAAACUCGUGCAGCGCGCUAUCGAGUUCGAGGACGGUACGAUAUGUUGGUGGCCGAACACCGAAGCACUCGUCCGCAAUCCGACCAACGAUCUUGCUGUAGUGGAUGCUGAGGAUCUGGUACGAGUAGUGCGUGGGGACACUGAGCGGCUGGUCCUCCAACUUGUCCGCAUCGGUGAGCUCGUCGUCGUCCACGUUCAGGGGGAUGCGCACGUCGCAGUGCUGGUCAUGGAUCACAUAUGGUCUUCCGAGCGUCAUAUUCUGGCACCGGUCAUACGAGUACAACGCCCACCACAUCCGCCGCCUUAGCUCCGCUUCAAGAGGUCUCAUGCCCCACUUGCCUUCUCCAUCCCUAUGCAUCCCCAUGCUUUGUGCGAUACGGAUAGCAGCACCAAUGAUACUAUAAUUGUCUGUCGCACUGCCCUCGUUCUUGCUGUAGACGGCGACGAGGAGCAUGGUCUGCAGGCGCUCGAGAGUGGGGUUCUGCUCGUGCUCUGAAGUAGCCAGUGUCAUCCGGGAGAAGUUAAACAGCUUAGCCCGCAGCUGCUCUCGAUCCGUGCCCAGCUCGGGAGGGACAUCCACCAUGAAAUCGGCCAUUUCCGAAUCCAAUAGGAACUGCAGUGCGCUCGCACACAUGACCGCAAGCAAAGCAACAAAAUCGAGGUUCU